AUGGUGAACUCGAAGGAGUCUGAGCAUUCGAAGCGGACGAGUGCACAGGUAGCACCUCUUACAAUACAUAAGGGUCGACCGCGUGAAAACAGCAGCGCAUCAUCCACAAAACAUAAAAGGAAUACUUCAUCCAGAAGUAGUAACCAAACAACUUCCACUGGAAGUCAAUCUCAAAUCACCCCUCCCGCUACUCCAAAUGGUUCCCAGGAGGAUUUAAAUCAAAUGGAACCUCCUUCGCCUGUAUUUCACAGCUUCCUGAGAGCCUUUUACCCAUUCCAUCCGACAUAUGCUAUUUCGGAUUCCACAGUCACGCUGCCAUUAAACGAAGGAGAUGUGGUUUUAGUACAUUCGAUACACACUAAUGGUUGGGCAGAUGGCACACUACUUAUUUCCGGCGCGCGUGGUUGGUUGCCCACUAACUAUUGCGAAGCCUACAACCCAGAUGCCAUGAGGAAUCUAUUGAAGGCCUUACUAAACUUUUGGGAUCUCUUACGGAGUGGUUUAACGACAGACAGCGAGAUAUUCGGGAAUCAGCAGUUCAUGAAAGGAAUUAUUGCUGGUGAAAAAUCGGAUUGCCUCACCCGUGAAUCACCGAUUGUAAAGAGUAACGAUAACCUUCGCAAGAUUAGAAAGGCACUUUUGUCGGACCUGUCGGCAUUGGUCAAGACGGCCAAACAAUUACGAGACUUUUCUAUUUCUCCUCCAGCGGGAACCGACGAGGAAAGUGUGAACGAUGUUAUCGACGAGAUGAUCUUAAAGGCUUUCAGAAUUAUUGUGAGGGGUAUAAAAUUCUUGGACAACUCGGAUGAGGAUACGAGAUUACGACAACCCCUCCAUAAAGUCAUGGCAACCGUUGCUGAGGAAUCAUAUGUUCCACCCACUCCACCAGCGGACUCGACGUCAUUUAGCGGGACGCCGCAUACAGACCCUGCAUACGACACGGCAUCUCACAGAAGCUCUACCCGAAGCUCGGCAAGCGGCGCCUCUAGUUCCCUGCGAUCGGAAGACCAAAACAAACCACAGUCAUACAAACGGAUAUCGACUGUGCACCCAGCCGUAACAUCGCGUCCAUUAUCCAUUCUUUCGACACAACAAGCCAAAAGGGUUUCCGUAUCUCACCGUGUUUCACUUAUAGCUUCCGUACCCGCUGAACAACGUCAAAAUCUUGUUUCCGAGAGAUUAAACUCCAGCCAUGAUACAUUUCUCUCAUAUCUGGGAUCAUUCAUCGGACGGCUUCAUCUACAAAGCCAGUCUUCGCAGGAUUUACUCUCGACAGUUAGACAGUCAGUAACCGCUGGUCAAGGAUUACUUAUUGUGGUUGAAGCAGUAUGCGCCCACGACAGCCAGAGUGCCGACUCCUUGAACAACGCUCGGAACGCAAUGUAUGACAGGAUCAGUAAAUUAGCGUUGGCAGCUCGGGAUAUAGUUAGCUCGUCAGGUGUUGACGAAGACGAUGUUGUGAUGGCCCAACAAAAUGGGGGGCUACUAAUGGCGGCCACAGGAUGUGUCAAAGCUGCCGGAGAGGUGGUCGCAAAGACUAAAUUUGUGAUUGAGCGAAUUGGUGACUUCGAAUUUGAACAUGGUGAAGGCCUUGGAAUUAAUGUUGCCUCGAUAAGUGUCGUACCAGAACAAGUCAAAACGAGUCAGGAACAUGAAGGUGUUGAUGCCAUACCAGAACAACCUUCAUCGCGUCCUCCCCCACCACCACUAGUCAUUCCAAAUGUGUACGAAAAGCCAUUACCGGAAGUACCCUUCAGUUCUCCGCCAGCGACAGAGAUCAAUCGAAUGUCGAACCGACUAUCGAGUAUCUCCAUUCUACCUCCACUACCUAAACUGGGUGCUCCUCUGAUGAGCCAGGAGGAUUAUAGUCCUUCUGAUCGUGCAUCAACCAGCGAUGGAGAAUUUCAAUCAUAUAGAUCAGGCAGCAGUUAUAUGCGCGAUUCGGAGAUGAGCAUGAUUUCGCAAACGUCUACUCGGGCGACUACGCCGGACCUGACAUCCCACAAACCAAGAAAUCAGCCAUCUUUGUCAAGUAUCAGCAUGAGCGAAAGCCAAUCGACUUUCGCUGAUGAUCCAUAUGACCUGGAAUCGAAAAUUCUCGAGAAGACUUUCGCUCACGAGUUACUCCACAACAAAGAGGGUCAAAUUACGGGUGGUUCGCUUGCAGCGCUGGUUGAACGACUUACUACACAUGAUUCAACUCCCGAUUCAAUGUUUGUUUCGACUUUCUAUCUUACUUUCCGACUAUUCGCGUCUCCCGUUGAGCUUGCUAAAGCUCUGGUUGACCGUUUCGAAUAUGUUGGCGAGAGUCCCCAUAUCGCAGGGCCUGUAAGAUUGAGAGUCUACAAUGUAUUCAAAGGCUGGCUGGAAUCUCAUUGGAGAAAUGUUUCCGAUUAUGCCGCUCUGUCGAUUAUUGAACCGUUUGCGAACGAUAGACUCAAGGCUUCCCUCCCUGCGGCUGGCAAGCGACUUUUUGAGCUAGCUCAAAAGGUAUCUUCCACAGAUGGACCUUUAGUGCCAAGGCUUGUCUCUUCAAUUGGAAAGACUAGCACAUCCUUCGGCCAAUAUGUACCAGCAGAUGUACCGGUCCCUCCCGUCGUUGUGAGCAAAAGCCAAGCAGCAGUCCUGAAGAAUUGGAAAAUGGGUGGAAGCAAUCCGUCUAUUCUCGAAUUCGACCCACUUGAAUUGGCCCGUCAGUUGACUGUUAAGGAGAUGAAUAUCUUCUGUACCAUCAUGCCGGACGAGCUUCUUGGAGCCGCAUGGACUAAGGCCAGAAAAGGUGGUUCAAGCGCGGUAAACGUUAGAGCCAUGUCCACAUUAUCGACAGAUCUCUCCAAUCUCGUUGCGGACACAAUCUUACAAUAUGACGAUGUUAAGAAAAGAGCAACCAUCAUCAAGCACUGGAUCAAGAUUGCGCACGAAUGUCUCAAGCUCAAUAACUAUGACUCGUUGAUGGCUAUUAUCUGCUCGCUCAAUUCAUCCACCAUUGUUAGAUUGAAGAGGACUUGGGACUUGGUUUCCCAAAAGAGAAAGGAAAUCCUCAAGGGCCUACAAGUUAUUGUUGAGCCGGAGAAGAAUUACGCAGUGCUCCGACGUAGACUUCAUGACCAUGUCCCUCCAUGUCUUCCAUUCGUUGGUACCUACCUCACAGAUUUGACAUUCGUUGAUGCUGGUAACCCAUCCACGAAGCAAUUGGCUGACGGCAUGUCUGUGAUCAACUUUGACAAGCAUACUCGAACAGCCAAAAUCAUUGGCGAGCUACAACGGUUCCAAAUUCCUUAUCGUCUGGCAGAAGUUCCCGAACUUCAAGAAUGGCUUCAAGCCCAAAUCGUCCGAGUCAAAUCCGCCUCUGAUAACGAGAACGUUCAGCAAUACUACCGGAAGUCUCUGCUUUUGGAGCCACGAGAUAUCUUGCAUACCAAGCCUAGCCCUGUAGACUCGGCAGUUUCUUUCAGCUCUUCACAUGGAAAGGAUAAAUUCGAUCUCUUUGGAUGGACUCAUUUAUCGAAGGACAAGACACAGACACCCAUCUAA